AUGUCUCGAAAAAAAAAAAACGAGAACAGAACAUCAACAUCUCGGAAACCUCGUCUUCGUCCGACGGACGCACCUCGGUCGGACGACGGGCACCAGAUGCUGGCCGCGAACGGACGGGAAACAGUGCCGACGAUGCAACACUUUUCUUUCUUUUUAUGUGCCAUGUCCUUCCAGGACCGCGUGUCUCACGCAUGGCACAUAACUGAUCUAUCUAUCUAUCUAUCUAUCUAUCUCGGUCUAUUUACAUCUAUUUAUCUAUCUCAGUCUAUUCAUAUCUAUCUAUCUAUCUAUUACUGUCUGCUGAUAUCUGUCUAUCUAACUAUCUAUCUAUCUAUCUAUCUAUCUCACUAUUACUGUCUGCUGAUAUCUAUCUAUCUGUCUAUUUCUGUUUGCCGAUAUCUAUCUAUCUAUCUAUCUAUCGAUCUAUCUAUCUCGGUCUGUUUACAUCUAUUUAUCUAUCUCAGUCUAUUCAUAUCUAUCUAUCUAUCUAUCUAUUACUGUCUGCUGAUAUCUGUCUAUCUAACUAUCUAUCUAUCUAUCUAUCUCAGUCUGUUUGCAUCUAUUUAUCUAUCUCAGUCUAUUCACAUCUAUCUAUCUAUCUAUCUAUCUAUCUAUCUAUCUAUCUAUCUAUCUAGCUAUUACUGUCUGCUGAUAUCUAUCUAUCUGUCUAUUUCUGUUUGCCGAUAUCUAUCUAUCUAUCUAUCUAUCUAUCUAUCUAUCUCGGUCUGUUUACAUCUAUUUAUCUAUCUCAGUCUAUUCAUAUCUAUCUAUCUAUCUAUCUAUUACUGUCUGCUGAUAUCUGUCUAUCUAACUAUCUAUCUAUCUAUCUAUCUAUCUAUCUCAGUCUGUUUUCAUCUAUUUAUCUAUCUCAGUCUAUUCACAUCUAUCUAUCUAUCUAUCUAUCUAUCUAUCUAUCUAUCAUACUAUUACUGUCUGCUGAUAUCUAUCUAUCUGUCUAUUUCUGUUUGCCGAUAUCUAUCUAUCUAUCUAUCUAUCUAUCUAUCUAUCUAUCUAUCGAUCUAUCUAUCUCGCUCGCAUUAUGUAAUUCGGAAGUCAAGAAGGCGUUCUUAUACGCGGACAGACAUGGGCAAACAUUUUCUUUCUUUCUAUUUGUUCUUUAUUUCUUUCUUUCUUUUUUUUUUCUUUCUUUCUUUCUUUAUUUCUUUCUUUCUUUAUUUCUUUCUUUCUAUCUUUCUUUAUUUCUUUCUUUCUUUAUUUCUUUUUUUCGAUUUGUCUUCUUUCUUUCAACCAGUUUUUCUUUCAAUCUUCCUAUUUGUUCUUUCUUUCUUUCUUUCUAUUUCUUCUUUCUUUUUUCUUUCUUUCUUUCUUGCUUUCUUUUUUCUUUCUUUUUUUCCAACCAUAUUUCCUUCCUUCCUUCCUUCCUUUCUUUCUUUUUCUUUCUUUCUUUCUUUCUUUCUAUUUGUUCUUUCUUUCUUUUUUCUAUUUGUUCUUUCUUUCUUUCUAUUUGAUAUCUAUUUUCAAACCAGAUUUUCUUUCUUUCUUUCUUUCUUUCUUUCUUUCUUGCUUGCUUUUUUCUUUCUUUUUUUCCAACCAUAUUUUCUUUCUUUCUUCCUUCCUUCCUUUCUAUUUGUUCUUUCUUUUUUCUUUCUUUCUUUCUAUCUUUCUUUCUUGCUUGCUUUCUUUUUUCUUUCUUUUUUCCAACCAUAUUUUCUUCCUUCCUUCCUUCCUUCCUUCCUUCCUUCCUUCCUUCCUUCCUUCCUUCCUUUUUUUCUUUCUUUCUUUCCCAAAUUAUUACUUUCUUUCUUAUUUAUUCUUCAUUCAAUUCUUAAACUGAUCAACUAA